UCAAAGUGCAAAAUGUGAAGAGUACAACGAUAGCAGUGCGAGGGAACCUUCCUUGUUGGGAGCAAGAUUUCAUGUUUGAAAUUAACCGCCUGGACCUCGGGCUGACGGUGGAAGUGUGGAACAAGGGUCUUAUCUGGGACACCAUGGUGGGCACUGUGUGGAUCCCCCUACGCACUAUCCGGCAAUCCAAUGAGGAGGGGCCUGGGGAGUGGCUGACUCUAGAUUUUCACGUCAUCAUGACUGACAAUGAGAUCUCUGGGACCAAGGAUCCCACUUUCCAUCGCAUCCUCUUGGACACCCGCUUUGAACUCCCACUCGAUAUACCUGAAGAGGAAGCCCGUUAUUGGGUUAAGGAACUGGAGAGGCUCAAUGCUAUGCGAGAUCAAGAUGAUCAGGAGAAGCCACUUCCAGUCCCUGGCUCACAGUGCUGCAACUGGAAUUAUUUUGGCUGGGGAGAUCAACAAAAUGAUGACCCUGACAGCACUGUGGAUGACCGGGACAGUGACUACCGCAGUGAGACCAGCAACAGUAUUCCACCACCUUACUACACCACCUCCCAACCCAACGCAUCAGUCCACCAGUACCCCAUGCGCCACCAGCAGCGAGCAACGAGGGACUCCUACACGGACUCUGUGCAGAGCUACGAGAUGGAUGACUAUGACCAUCACCCAAUCAGCCCCACAGGGAGCAGCCGCUAUGCGUCAUCGGCCGAGCUGAGCCAGGGCAGUUCACAGCUGAGCGAUGACUUUGACCCUGAUGACAUCAGCCUGGAUGAGCGGGAUGGCGACUCUUAUCACUCCUGCCACAGUUCGGUUAGUUACCACAAAGACUCCCCGCACUGGGACGAAGAGGAGGAUGACCUCUACCUGGACGAGGAUGAAUUCAAUGAGGAGUACAGUGACAACGAAGAGUACUAUCCUGAGGAAGAGACAGCAGAACCCGAACUCAAGUCCUAUCACAGGGAGGCUUACCAGCAGCAAGAGCAACAGCAGAAGGGCCAACCGCUGCAGCAGCCACCACAACAGAAACCACUACAGGCACAGCAGCAGCAACAGCCACCACAACAGAAACCACUACAGGCACAGCAGCAGCAACAACAGAAGCCACUGCAGGCACAGCAGCAGCAACAACAAAAGCCACCACAGGCACAGCAGCAGCAGCAACAGAAGCCACUACAGGCACAGCAGCAGCAGCAACAGAAGCCACUACAGGCACAGCAGCAACAGAAGCCACUACAGGCACAGCAGCAGCAGCAACAGAAGCCACAACAGGCACAGCAGCAACAAAAGCCACAACAGGCACAGCAGCAACAACAACAGAAGCCACUACAGGCACAGCAGCAACAGAAGCCGCAACAGGCACAGCAGCAGCAAAAAGCAGAGCAGCAGCAACAGGUGCAACUGAUGCAGCAGCAGCAGAUACAGCAGCAACAGAAGAUUCAGGAAGAGUGGGAUGCGAAGGCAGUAGAGGUUCCAGCAGGCCAGCUGAAGGAGCCCCCUGUGGAAGAGGUCCCUGCCCAGGAGAAAGCCCCAGAGGACGACACCUCCAAGACAGAGGAGAGGGAGAGAGAAGAGGCUGAGGUGAUAGACCCCAAAGCCCGAGCGAAGGCUAACUGGUUGAGGGCAUUCAACAAAGUCUGCAUUCAGCUCCAAGAGGUCCACGCUCAAAGUCUCCAAUUCCCUCCAGCUGUUAAACUCCCACCGGGCGGCGGGCUGAUCAUAAUUGAUAGCAUGCCUGAUAUUCGCAAAAGAAAACCCAUCCCUUUAGUUAGUGAUUUGUCCUUGGUCCAGUCCAGGAAAGCUGGUAUCACGUCAGCACUCGCAUCAAGCACUUUAAACAACGAAGAGCUAAAAAACCAUGUUUACAAGAAGACCCUCCAAGCCUUAAUCUAUCCCAUCUCUUGCACAACCCCCCACAACUUUGAGGUGUGGACAGCCACCACACCCACCUACUGUUACGAGUGUGAGGGCCUGCUCUGGGGCAUUGCACGUCAAGGGAUGCGUUGUACCGAAUGCGGGGUGAAGUGUCAUGAGAAGUGUCAAGACCUGCUCAACGCCGAUUGCUUGCAAAGAGCAGCGGAGAAAAGUUCUAAGCACGGGGCUGAGGACCGCACGCAGAAUAUUAUCAUGGUGCUGAAAGAUCGCAUGAAGAUCCGGGAACGCAAUAAGCCUGAGAUCUUUGAGCUGAUCCAGGAGAUCUUUGCCGUCUCCAAGACUACUCACACCCAGCAGAUGAAGGCUGUAAAGCAGAGCGUGUUGGAUGGCACCUCAAAGUGGUCGGCCAAGAUCAGCAUCACAGUUGUUUGUGCGCAAGGUCUGCAGGCAAAGGACAAAACAGGGUCCAGCGACCCCUACGUUACCGUUCAGGUUGGGAAGACGAAAAAAAGAACAAAGACCAUCUACGGCAAUUUGAAUCCGAUCUGGGAGGAGAACUUCCACUUUGAAUGCCAUAACUCCUCCGAUCGCAUCAAGGUCCGCGUCUGGGAUGAAGACGACGACAUAAAGUCUAGGGUGAAGCAGCGCUUUAAGAGAGAAUCCGACGACUUCCUUGGCCAGACUAUCAUAGAGGUGCGGACCCUGAGCGGGGAGAUGGACGUCUGGUACAAUCUGGACAAGCGAACGGACAAAUCGGCGGUCUCCGGGGCUAUCCGCUUGCACAUCAGCGUGGAGAUAAAAGGCGAGGAGAAAGUGGCUCCAUACCACGUGCAAUAUACUUGCCUCCAUGAGAACCUCUUCCAUUUCGUGACGGACAUCCAGAACAACGGCGUGGUGAAAAUCCCAGAUGCGAAGGGCGACGAUGCUUGGAAAGUAUACUUCGACGAAACUGCUCAGGAGAUUGUGGAUGAAUUUGCUAUGAGAUAUGGAGUGGAGUCCAUCUAUCAGGCCAUGACGCACUUUGCCUGCCUCUCCUCAAAAUACAUGUGCCCUGGGGUGCCUGCAGUCAUGAGCACCCUCUUGGCCAAUAUCAAUGCUUACUAUGCCCACACCACUGCCUCUACCAACGUUUCUGCCUCUGACCGUUUUGCCGCUUCCAAUUUCGGGAAAGAACGGUUUGUCAAACUGUUGGAUCAGCUACACAAUUCCCUUCGGAUUGAUCUCUCCAUGUAUCGGAAUAACUUCCCUGCCAGCAGUCCAGAAAGACUGCAGGACCUCAAAUCGACAGUCGACCUCCUGACCAGCAUCACCUUCUUCCGGAUGAAGGUCCAGGAGCUUCAGAGUCCUCCGCGAGCCAGUCAGGUGGUAAAGGAUUGUGUAAAGGCCUGCCUCAACUCCACUUACGAGUACAUCUUCAACAACUGCCACGAGCUGUACAGUCGCGAGUACCAGACAGACCCAAAGGGCGAACUGCCACCUGAAGAACAAGGCCCCAGCAUCAAGAACCUGGAUUUUUGGUCCAAACUUAUCACCUUGAUAGUGUCGAUCAUUGAGGAAGAUAAGAACUCAUACACACCCUGCCUCAACCAGUUCCCUCAAGAGCUGAACGUCGGGAAGAUCAGCGCCGAAGUGAUGUGGAACCUUUUUGCUCAGGAUAUGAAAUAUGCAAUGGAAGAGCAUGAUAAGCACCGUCUGUGCAAGAGUGCCGACUACAUGAACCUGCACUUUAAGGUGAAGUGGCUGUACAACGAAUAUGUCACGGAUCUCCCUUCCUUCAAGAACUGUGUCCCUGAGUAUCCUGCGUGGUUCGAACCUUUCGUUAUUCAGUGGCUGGAUGAGAAUGAGGAAGUCUCGCGGGAUUUCUUACACGGAGCGUUGGAGCGGGACAAGAAGGACGGGUUCCAACAAACAUCAGAGCAUGCCCUCUUCUCCUGCUCGGUGGUUGAUGUCUUCUCCCAACUCAACCAGAGCUUUGAAAUCAUCAAGAAGUUGGAGUGCCCCGAUCCGCAGAUAGUCGGGCACUACAUGCGCAGGUUCGCCAAGACCAUUAGCAAUGUCCUGCUGCAGUACGCUGAAAUCAUCUCCAAGGACUUCGCUUCCUACUGCUCUAAGGAAAAGGAAAAAGUGCCCUGCAUCCUGAUGAACAAUAUCCAGCAACUGCGAGUCCAGCUGGAGAAGAUGUUUGAAGCCAUGGGAGGGAAAGAGCUGGACACAGAGGCCAGCGAUAUCCUCAAGGAACUGCAAGUGAAACUCAACAACGUCUUGGACGAACUGAGCCGAGUAUUUGCAACCAGUUUUCAGCCGCACAUUGAGGAAUGUGUGAAGCAGAUGGGGGAUAUCCUGAGUCAGGUGAAAGGCACCGGGAACGUUCCAGCCAGCGCCUGUAGUAGUGUGGCCCAGGAUGCUGACAACGUCUUGCAACCCAUCAUGGACCUUCUGGAUAGCAACCUGACCCUCUUUGCUAAAAUUUGCGAGAAGACCGUCCUGAAGCGAGUGCUGAAGGAGCUUUGGAAGCUCGUCAUGAACACCAUGGAGAAGACAAUUGUGCUUCCGCCGCUCACUGACCAGACGGGUACGCAGAUGAUCUUCAACGCAGCCAAGGAACUGGGACAGCUCUCAAAACUCAAGGACCACAUGGUGCGCGAGGAGGCCAAAAGUUUGACGCCCAAGCAGUGCGCUGUGGUGGAGCUGGCCCUUGACACCAUUAAGCAAUACUUCCACGCAGGAGGCGUCGGUCUUAAAAAAACCUUCCUAGAGAAGAGCCCAGACCUGCAGUCGCUACGCUAUGCCCUCUCGCUCUACACACAGGCCACAGACCUGCUCAUCAAAACCUUCGUCCAGACACAGUCCGCUCAGGGAUCUGGAGUGGAUGACCCAGUCGGAGAAGUCUCCAUCCAUGUAGAACUGAUCACCCACCCUGGCACGGGGGAGCACAAGGCCAGCGUCAAAGUGGUGGCUGCCAAUGACCUUAAGUGGCAGACCUCCGGAAUCUUCCGCCCUUUUAUUGAGGUGAACAUCAUUGGGCCGAACCUCAGUGACAAGAAGAGAAAGUUUGCCACCAAGUCUAAGAACAACAGCUGGUCCCCCAAAUACAACGAGAGCAUCCAGUUUUCCCUGGGCACCGAGACGGGUCCCGAGUGCUACGAGCUCCAGGUGUGCGUGAAGGACUACUGCUUUGCCCGGGAGGACCGGACGGUGGGCAUUGCCAUCUUGCAGCUGAAGGACAUCAUGCAGCGGGGGAGCUGCGCCUGCUGGCUCCCACUGGGGCGCCGCAUCCACAUGGACGACACGGGCCUGACGGUGCUGCGCAUACUCUCUCAGCGCAACAACGACGAGGUGGCCAAGGAGUUCGUCAAGCUGAAGUCGGACACGCGCUCGGCUGAGGAGGGCAGCACCAGCUAAGCCAAGGCCUUGCCGUCUACCCGCCCCGCCCCGCCCUCUCUGUUCCACGAUCUGCUAGUAUCACCUUCCUGCAAUGGCGCCUGGUGGCUCCAUGUCAAUGCAAUCCACUCCGGGUUUUAGGCCGAGUGAUUGAGGAGCUGUCUAUUGCGGGAAUGGGCUUCAGCACCUCGGACAGGUCCUUGAAAGUUUGGGCUAAAACCCGGAGUGGGAUUCCACUGGGCCACUGGGUUGGAGCCGCCACCCGCCACUGCCUUCUUGCCCGUCCAUGGUCUCCUCCCUCUUUUAUACAGCCAUGUCAAAGCCAUAGAUAUUUCACACACCUCUCCGUUCUCCACCGC